AUGUUACGAAGCAUAAGUCGACUAGGUAGACAAGCAGUGAUAAUGCAGAAAGUGAAUUAUCGGAACUCAAAGUUUAAGGAUCGAUCGGAAAUCAAAGCCGUUCUGACAGACCGAAUCCUGCAGUGCCGAGUCAGCGAAGACUGCCUCAAAGCCGAGGUUCAUAUACCAGAUUUACUGUGCUUCGAUAUUGCGGGAAAGGCACAAAGCUACUCAAAGAUGGCGGCAUAUAGGACAUUCGCCAGCCCAGAGUCCCAAAACUGGCUAAAACAGUGGAGGGCCGUCUUCAUUACGAGGAAAGCCAUCCUGCCUUCUGUCACGUCAAAGUCUAGCAAUCUGCAUUAUGAUAUUCUCCAGAAUGCAUCGAAUGAGAAGACUUGUUCAUCAGACCAUGGUCAUAUAUCUGACCGGAAACAAAUAAAUUGUCGAUUUCAUGAAAAACUUCGAAAUGAAAUCAUAGCCAUACACACAAGAAAGAAACCUUCAUGGGGAAACGCUUCGACUGACACAUGGCGAGACUGUCCGUUUGCUGUCGCCAAGUUAUUCAUGCAGUCAGCUGGGUAUGAUGAUAAAUCUUCAUUUGAUGAAAUUGACUUCAACGGACUGGCGGACUUUAUGUAUAACUGCGGGCGAUUCACACACUCUAUGGAAACACUAUCUGACGAGACUCGGAAGUACGUGAACAAGAUCCGGCAUAUGCCAGACUUAUGCUCAAGUGCUCUGACAGACCAAGCCACCACUGAGUGUAUAGACAGCAUGCUUGCAUUGCUGAAGGACCCAGAUUUGCAGGGAGGUCCAGAAAUACUGGAAGCAAUCAAACAGCUAGAUGAGUUAAAGACCAUUACUAUAGAUCCCAACUCGGACUUGUUGAAAUAUAUUAUCGAAGAUACUACUAUCAGAGGCGUCCAAAAAAUCACGGAACUUGCUUGUGCUAAAGAAGGCAAAUGGAGCGAACAUGCAAGUGAGAUAAAGGGUGACAUUGAGAAACUCAGCGAUAUGUUAAUGUCCAGUAUAGAGAAACAAGGUGAGAGUGUCAUUUACGAUAUAAAGAAAACUUCUGAAAAUUCUCUUGCACAGCUGGAUUCGUGUGUAAACAAUGCUAAGAAAAUUCUGAAUGAGACAAUCGAAGAAGGCAUAUUUAAAGUGAACGACACAGUUGAGAGGGGGAAAAACGAACUAAACGAAAUUAUUGGAUGUACAAAACAGAAGAAAGAGAGUGAAGAACAAAGAGAGUCCAAAUUAACAAAAGCAAAGUCAGAUUUACACCAACAAUUGCUCAAUCAUUACCAGGCAACGUCUCUCCGAAUGAACAUCCGAUUGGACAUCGAUGCAGCCGUAGAAGACAUUUAUGAAAAGCACAAACUUGUACUGAAGAACAAGAAAGACAAAGAAGGUAAGAUAAAAGAUAAAGAAAUAUCAGAAAUAAAUGAUAUGUUUCUGAGCGACAAUGGUACGAUGGCUAAAACAAUAUUCGUGGUGGGCGAACCGGGCCAGGGCAAGUCCUCGCUCUGUAAAAAGAUCGUCCAUGGCUGGUGCGAACUGAAAAAGGACGGAAAUGAGAAGACAAAGAAAGACAACACGUUGAGCCAGUUCGGGUUCGUAUUCUACAUAAGGCUACGAGAGGCUGAUGAUCAAUGCAAAAUCAAAGAUAUGAUAAUACAGUGUUUGAUUGAACAGAUUAAUUCAGAUGAUAAAGAGUCAAAAGAGCUGUUAGCAGAUAUUUUGAAAUCAGAAUGUUGCCUUCUUCUGCUUGAUGGCUUAGACGAGUGGACACAUUGUAUCACGUGUAAGCGUGAUGAACGAAUUCCUCAUGUUGAAACAGGCUGGACGAACUGUACAACAUUGAUAACAACACGACCAUACAAACUAGCGGAGUUGAAAAUGACCCGCUUACAACUCGGCAAUCAUGUGCUGUUGGAGGGCGUUCAGUCACCAGAGGAACUUGCUCGAAGAAUACUUGAGGAGUUGGAGAAAGAUCAAGAAAUAAAACGUCCAAAUACCUGCGUUGAAGAUCUCAAAACAAAAGGACUGUGGCAUUUCAGCGAUGUUACAAUCGUGCUUGUUCAAAUUGUUUGGCUCUGGUACAGAGACCAGCUAAAGGCAAACAUGUCUCUGUCUGAAGUUUACGAGAAAAUAAUAGAGGAAAGGUGGUGUGAAAUGAACGACAAGAAAAAGAUAGAGGACAACGUACUCCCAGAGGAAUUUCUUGAUUCUUUGGGCAAAUUAGCUUUCAAUAAACUGUUUUCAGCAAAUGAGGAAGAGUCUAUUGUUUUUGGUAUUGCAAAGGGUCAGUUAGAUAAUAAAUACCAACGAGAAUCUCUUGACUCUGGCAUCAUGUCCUGUAGUAGUAAAAUAGGUGAAAGAAUGGCGUCUUAUCAAUUUUUGCACAAAACGCUUCAAGAAUACUUUUCAGCAUUGUAUUUGGCGAAAAGCAGCAGAUCAGAUUUGCUCAAACAUUGUCAACACGUUCAAGUCGUGUAUAGACAUAACAGGAGGGAAGGUGUGCUUAACAUGCGUCAAAUGUUCCUGUUUCUAUGCGGCAUGAAUAUUACUGCUGCUGAAGUGUUUUCGAAGUCAUUAAAUGAACUUUUUACUGCAUACUCUGAAAGAGACGGAUAUUCAACCAAGAAAGCAAGAGAUUUCCAGGAUAUGAUACUGCAAGGCUACGAGGAGGCAGAGAGAAGCAGACACACCACAGCGGAGUUCUGCCUGCAGCAUAUCGUUCUCCAUGAUAAUAAUGAUUAUUAUGAUUAUGAUGAUGAUGAUGAUGAUGAUGAUGAUGAUGAUGAUGAUGAUCGAUUACGAAAACAGAAGUCAAUAUUGAAACAUUGCUUGGAUAAAAGAAAAUCAACUCUUGUGUCAUUAUAUAUAGCGAAGAAAAGCGGCGUAUUUUCUUUACUGCAGGACAGGAAUGAUCCAAGUGUUUUAGACUUAGAGUUUUGCAAGAAUCUUAAAUUUGUUGUUUUAGUAAAUGUUCCAUAUGAAGAUAUCAACCAAUUGAAUUUGAAUGGAUUACUAGAAUGCAAGAUAAAAUUCGGUCAUCUUAAACCAGCAAAGAAACUAGUAUCUUCAUUUUUAUCCUCAGAUUUAACAUGUUUGAAAACACUCAGAUUAAGCAAUUUAUGCUGGGAAUGUAAAGCUGAGGAAAUAUUAUCCAAACUUCAAAAUAUUCAACAACUUAACGUAACAUGGAGGAAAAGUUCCCCAAAUGAUUCACAAUUCGACCUUGGGCGCCUCCGACAUCUCGAACACCUCAACCAACUCUCAUUGAAGCGACUUGCUUUGUCCGACGUUGUUAAUCUACAGAUGCUCGAUCUUCACAAGUUAACGGUCGGCUUUGAAACACAAGUACGAGCACCACAGUUGAUGGCGGCGUUACUAGGACAAAGCGACGAUUCACAAAGUCCAAAUCUGGAUGGCCGCCUUUCUAUCCUUACGGAUGUUACCUUGGAUAACAUGAUCAUGUCAGCAGGAGAGUUCAGACGUCUCGUUAGUAUUGUGAUACAGUCGGGACAUUCUGUGGACUGUUAUUUAUCCCGCUGUACAAUAGAGCCUGAGGAGGAAGUAAGACAGCUGCAGGUGGAGAUGGAGAACCAGCCCGCUCUUCAAAUGGUUGCUCUACAGGCCGUCUCAGCUGACUAUACAACACACAUUACAUUAAAUAAUACGACCAUGUCAGCAGGGGUGUUCAAACGUCUCGUUAGUAUUGUGAUACAGUCGGGACAUUCUGUGAACUGUAGGUUAUGGCGCUGUAAAAUAGAGCCUGAGGAGGAAGUGAGACAGCUGUAG